AUGGUCGGCUCGGUAUCUUUCGUCAAGGCUCUGCCCUUUCUGGCAGCCUCUGCUGUGGCUAGUGUGAACUAUCCCACUAUUCCCAGCGACUUGACCACCCCCUUCCAGCAGCGUCUCGCUGUCUACGGGCCCAAUUCCGUCUCCGUGGGAUGGAACACUUAUGAAAAGCUCAACCAGAGCUGUGUGGUCUACGGUACCUCUGCCACUAGCCUGACCUCGCGCUCCUGCUCGACGACUUCCAGCACCUAUGCCACCUCGCGGACAUGGUCCAACUAUGCUGUGUUGACCGGUCUGACCCCAGCCACUACCUAUUACUACAAGAUCGUGUCUGGCAACUCCAGCGUGGAGCAAUUCCUGAGUCCCCGUACUCCCGGUGACAAGACCGCCUUCAGCAUGGACGUGGUUAUCGAUCUGGGCGUCUACGGCAAGGAUGGCUAUACCACAUCUAAGAGAGACACUGCUCCCGUGGUUGAGCCCGAGCUGAACCACACCACUAUCGGCGCUCUUGCACGGACCGUCGAUGACUACGAGAUUGUCAUUCACCCUGGUGACUUUGCCUACGCCGAUGACUGGUACCUCAAGUUCGCCAAUAUCUUCGACGGCAAGGAGGCAUACCAGGCCAUCCUCGAGCAAUUCUAUGACCAGCUCGCCCCCGUUGCAGGGCGCAAGUUGUACAUGGCCAGCCCCGGAAACCACGAGGCCGACUGCUCGGAAAUCCCUUACCUGCUUGACCUUUGCCCUGAGGGUCAGAAGAACUUUACUGACUUCAUGCACCGAUUCGAGAACACCAUGCCCAAGCCGUUCUCCUCAUCUUCGAAAAACACCACGGCACAGUCACUCGCUGCCCAGGCCCGCAGCCUCGCCAACCCACCCUUUUGGUACUCCUUCGAGUACGGCAUGGCCCACAUCGUCAUGAUCAACACCGAGACCGACUUCCCCAACGCGCCCGAUGGAACCAGCGGCUCUGCCAAGUUGAACAGCGGACCCUUCGGCAAGGCUAACCAGCAGACCGAUUUCCUGAAGGCGGAUCUUGCCAGCGUUGACCGCACCGUUACUCCCUGGGUGAUUGUCGCCGGCCACCGACCCUGGUAUAGCACCGGCACCAGCAACGGCUGCUCCUCCUGCCAGACCGCAUUCGAACAAAUCUUCUACCAGUACGGUGUUGAUCUGGGCGUGUUCGGACACGUGCACAACUCCCAGCGAUUCGCCCCUGUCUACAACGGUACCGCCGACGCCAACGGAAUGAAGGAUCCCAAGGCCCCGAUGUACAUUGUUGCCGGUGGUGCUGGCAACAUUGAGGGUGUCGACGCUCCCGGUACCGAGCCGUCUUAUACCGAGUUUGCCUACGGAGCCGACUACAGCUAUGCCACUAUUCGCUUCGUCGACGAGCACAACCUGCAGGUUGAUUUCUAUCAGUCCUCUACUGGUACCCUUUUGGACUCGAGCACUCUUUACAAGAGCCACGCCAGCCAAUUUGUGAAGCAGUAG